UUGAUGGUUCUUGAUGGGCUCAUCAAUGACGCAAGAAAAAUCCCUUACGUACGGUUGCAUACUGGUAAGGGCUCAAUUUUGUUUCAAGGUGAGCCUCGGCUACGAUUUGCGCUUGGGAAUAUCGCUAGUGAAGCGAAUAAUGCUCUAGUGCAAGGAUGGCCUCUUCAAAAAGCCGUAGAGGAUAUGAUCGACGAUAUUGGUCACGCUUUAAGGGAAUUGCACGAAUUGAAAGGUGAACCAAGGGACCAUUCAGUUCCAAGAUGGGCUCGGCAUGCAUUUCUCAUUUGCUUUACGCUGGUCGUGCUAGCCCUAGUGAUCGAAUGGUACAUAGUUCGUCGAAAGCUCGGAGUUCAGAAGAGUGGGCAAAUCAAAAUUGCUGCAGGAAAAAGUAAAACACAUUUGAUGUUUUGA